CCCCGCCCCCCGCCGCGCCGCGGCCGCCAUUUUGUGCGAGGAGCCGCCGCCGGGGCCGGGCCGGGCCGGGCCGCGUCGCCAUCGCCGCCAUGCCGUCCUCGCCGCUCCGCGUGGCCGUCGUGUGCUCCAGCAACCAGAACCGCAGCAUGGAGGCGCACAACAUCCUCAGCAAACGAGGAUUCAGUGUCCGAUCCUUUGGAACAGGGACUCACGUGAAACUGCCAGGACCAGCACCGGACAAGCCAAAUGUUUAUGAUUUCAAAACAACAUAUGAUCAGAUGUACAAUGAUCUGCUUAGGAAAGACAAAGAACUAUACACACAGAAUGGGAUUUUACAUAUGUUGGACAGAAAUAAGAGAAUCAAGCCACGACCAGAGAGAUUCCAGAACUGCAAAGAUGUUUUUGAUUUGAUUCUAACGUGUGAAGAAAGAGUCUAUGAUCAAGUAGUAGAAGAUUUAAAUUCCAGAGAGCAGGAGACGUGUCAGCCAGUACACGUGAUCAAUGUGGACAUUCAGGAUAACCAUGAGGAGGCAACCCUGGGUGCUUUCCUUAUUUGUGAGCUCUGCCAGUGUAUACAGCACACAGAAGACAUGGAAAAUGAAAUAGAUGAGCUGUUACAGGAAUUCGAAGAGAAAAGUGGAAGGACUUUUCUUCAUACUGUCUGCUUUUAUUAAAGCACAUCUGUCUCUUAGGCCUUAAUACAAAUGAGAGAAGCAUGUGUUUAAAGUUCUGAUUAUACUGUAUUUUCCUGGAAAAAGAAUAUUGAUUUUUUUUUGUUUUGUUAAAGACUCCUUUUCUUUUUUUUUUUGUUUUGUUUGUUUCAUUUCAGGUAUUCUGUCACAGGUAGGCAGAGAUACUGGUUGAAUUGUACAUAUGAAAUGAUUAAAAGUAUACACAAAGGCCACCUAUUUAAAAAUGAAAAUCAAGAUUUUCUUUAAAUCCUACUUAAAUUGUUACAAGUAGGCUUUUAAUUAUAAAGAGAAUGUUUCUUGAAUAUAAGUUUAUAAUGUAUUUUUCCAGCUUACAAAUUUAUUUUAUUUCAGUUGUGCUUUUUUUUAUUUUAAUGUGACAGAAUGGCUGAACUAUGUGAAGAUAUGAAUGGAACAAUGAAAAAUGAGUAUCUGUAUAUUAUUAGAUAUAAAAUUGGAAGCAUCCAAUAAAAAUAAAAACCUGCAAGUUUGUCUGUUUUCAAAAUAGAAGCUAAUUGUGACUGCUCUUGUGAGGUAAGAUGCAAAGUAUCCGAAGUAGCACAAGAAUGCUCAUUCAUCCAACUUGUCUUGGAGAGCGUGUUGACAGCAAGAAGAUCCCGAUGGGAAUCGAAGACCUGGACUCCGUCCCGUGUUCAGAGAAGCUGCAUAUGUGGGCAACUCAUAGUGAUUUUUGAUCCUGUGUUGAACCAAAGUGAACUGCUUUCUCUACAUGAAUUAGGGCAAUGCCAGUAGAUCUUUUCACAUCUCAAUUGCUUUGGAAUUGUCAUACGUGAGAUUGAAAGAAGACUGUGAGACUGUAACUACAGCAGUCGGGGCCCAAUUGUAUAUAUGUCUUCUAUAAGGAAGAGGGGGAGAAAUGGCAAAGUUAAUAGAAAUGGUUGAAAGCUUUCUGUUAACUGAAAUACCUUUUGAAUGGAAAUAUUCUCUGCACAUACAGCAAUAAUAAACAUGUUUGUCACAGCUCA